AUGCCUUCAAGCAACGGAUCCGAAGACGACGCCGCCCAACGGCCCCUCUUGGCCGACACCCAUCAGGAGUACGGCGGGACCGACGGGCCAGCCCCUCCCGUGCUCAUCCCCGAGGAGCGUGGAGCGGGCACCUUCACGCGCAACCUUGGCGCCGUCGAGGCCUUUGCCAUAGUCAUCAGCAUCGUCAUCGGCAGCGGUGUCUUCACCUCCCCCGGUUCCAUCGACACGAACGUACCCUCGCCCGGCGCCGCUCUGGUGGUUUGGCUCGUCGGCGGUGUGUUGGCCUGGACCGGCGCGAGCACUAUGGCCGAGUUAGGAACCGCUAUCCCGGGCGAAGGCGGCAUCCAGCCCUUCCUGCAGCACAUCUACGGCGACGUCUUUGGCUUCCUCGCUGCCUGGACGUGGAUCGUGGCGGUCAUGCCCGCGACCCUGGCCAUCUUAAGCAUUGUCUUUGUAGAGAGCAUCUACUCCGCCGGCGGCGUCACUGACCAGGCCGGCGCCCUUCCCCACAAGCUGUUCUCCAUCCUGAUCCUCGUCGUCAUGAACGGCGCCAACUCCAUCAGCACCAAGGCCAGCACGCGCCUGAACAACCUGUUCGUCGUGACCAAGUUCGUGAGCAUCUUCGCCGUCGUGCUCGCCGGCGUCGUCGUGGUCAUCCUGCAGGUCUCGGACCGUGAUCGAGACGUGGGUGGCAGGGACUGGCUCAACAGGCCGUGGUUCGGCAACCGGAAGACGGCUGUGCCUGGUGGUGGUGAGGUUGACUGGAACAAGGUUGGCGCGUGGGAUAUGCUUGGCUACUACUCGGCCGCGCUCUAUGGCGCCCUUUGGGCGUACUCUGGUUGGGACAAGGCCGUUUACGUGACGGCCGAGCUUCAGCAUCCCGCCCGCCAGCUCCCUCUGGCCAUCAACACGGCCGUUCCGACCAUCAUACUGUGCUUCAUCGCCGCGAACGCAGCCUACUACAUCCUCCUCCCCUGGGACGUCGUGUCCAAGACUGACAGCGUGGCGGUGACCGCCAUCAGCCGCCUCCUCGGCCCCGGCUUCGGCAUCCUCGCUGCCGUUCUCAUUUGCCUCGUCGUCGCCGGCUCGCUACUCGGCAACUCAUUCGUGGCGGGCCGCAUGACCGUCGCUGCGGCGAACUUCAACUGGUUCCCAAGCUUCUUCGGCUACGUCGGCCGCGUCGGCUUCAAGUCGGACGACGACGGCUCUCCCGCGACCUCGUCCGACGAGACGUCGUCCGCCGCCACCCCUCCCAAGGACAAGCCGGACGCCCCGAUCAACGCGCUCCUGCUCUCAACGCUGCUCUCGGCGCUGUACAUCCUCUUUGGCAACUUCCGCGCACUCCUGACCUUCAACGGCCUGGGCGAGUACACCUUCUUCUUCCUGACGGUCCUCGGCGCCGUCAUCCUCCGCGUCCGCGAGCCGAAGCUGCGCAGGCCGUACAAGCCGUUCGUGCUGAUCCCCGUCGUGUUCGCGUUGGUGAGCGGCUUCGUUGUCGUGAGGGGCGCCAUCUUCGCGCCGAUUCAGGCCCUCAUUCUCGUUGUCCUCUGGCUCGUCGGCCUCGGGUUCUACUGGGCCAGGAGAAAGUACUACGCACGCCUUACCAGAGUUGAGUGA